UCAUAUUUUGAUUUCUGGACCUUGAGUGCCCACAUUUCCUACUCACAUGGCAGGAACUGCCCAAGGAGAGCAGAGCAUUGAACCCAGUGGAGAUGAGACUGUCUUAAAUCACUUCAAAAGGGACCCACAGACUGAGCUGCUUUAAUAAGCUCUCCAGCUUGCACUUUACAGCAUUUAAUAGAUUUUUUUUUUUAAAGAAAGGGUUCAAAAGGAACUGAAUUAUGAAUGCCUGAAAAUCACCUUGCAAGUCCAGUAAGGACAAUCUCUGGCAUAGGUUUAGCUGCUUUUUUACUAGUAAGUAAUCAGACUGUGUUCAAAAAGUGGAAACAGAGAUGUCUAAAUUUCUUUAAAAUCUUUCUUCCAGGAGGAAAUCAGCAAAUGAGUGGUGAUGGAUGUGAGGGUGAUCUACUGCCUGCUCUUUUGGGCUGCACAGUUCUUCCUGGCUGUGCCACACACCACUCCCAGGGUUCUCAGUAACGAAUCAAAGACUGGUUAUGAGCAAGAUGCCUGUAUAAAUCUCAUUCCCUGCCAAGAUAAUGGAGCAAUUUGUAUUCAGCCUUGCUCUCCCUCCUUCCAUGGGGAGACAAGCUUUGUCUGUGAGGACAGAAAGUGGCAGAUGCUGUCAGAUGCCUGUGCAAGCCUGGAUGUUCAGUCCCUUUUUCAGAGGAUAUCCCAAAGUGAACUCCCAUGCUCUGAAGGACAUCUUCCUUUCAUAGGAGGAGGAAAGCUAGGGCCUGGGAAGCCUGGAGAUGGAGCAAAACAUUUUGGUGCUGGGAAUCAUAGCUGCCAAGCUGAUUUUUCAUGCAUCAUCCCAGAUAUCCUGUCUUCACCAGCCAUCCCAGGAAAUAUUGCUGAUAUAGUGGAAUUGCUAAAGAAGAUUUCCCUGCUACUAUCAGAGAAUGUCACUAGAGGAAAAAUGCAGAGCUACAGCAGGAUAGCAAACCAUAUUCUGAACAGCUCUAUCAUUUCCAACUGGGCUUUUGUGAAGGACAGAAAUGCUGGUUCAAUAUUACUGGACUCGGUGAAUUUAUUUGCUGGGAAACUUCUUCUAAGAAAUGGGUCAGAAAGUAUCCAGGAGCCCUUCAUCGCUACCAAAGGCUACAGCAUACACAGAAACACUUCAGGAAAGAGCUUUGACUUUUCCAUGGAGUUUAACAGCACAGGCAAUAUUACUGGGCAUGUGGUGAUUCCAGAGGAAGAGCUGCUGAGGUUGCCCAGGGCUUCCAAAGCCAUCAGCGUUGCAUUUCCAACGCUUGGAGCCAUCCUGGAGACCAACCAGCCGGACCCAGCUGUCGUGAACGGGAUGGUGCUGUCGGUGUCGCUGCCCGAGGAGCUCCAGAACAUUUUGCUCACCUUUGAGAAGCUGAGCAAGCUGGAGCAGGUGGGGGCUCAGUGUGUGGGGUGGCACUCAGCCGAGCGGCGCUGGGACCCGCGGGCGUGCCAGGUGCGUGCACACAACGUCAGCGCCGUGGUUUGCAUCUGCGCCCACCGGCGCCGCACCUACGGAGCCUUCUCCAUCCUGAUGGCCCCGGCUGUGCCACGGAGCUCCCUGCUGGACUACAUCACACGGGUGGGCCUGGGGCUGUCCAUUCUCAGCCUGGUCCUCUGCCUCGUCGUCGAGGCUGUUGUCUGGCAGCACGUCACCAAAACUGAAAUCACCUACAUGCGCCACUUCUGCUUGGUCAACAUUGCUGCCUCGCUUCUCGUCGCUGAUGUCCUGUUCAUCCUAGCAGCCAUUGUGCACAAUGCAGCCCUAAACUACCAGCUGUGUGUAGCAGCCACUUUUUUCCUUCACUUUUUCUAUCUUGCCCUGUUUUUUUGGAUGUUUACCCUGGGUCUCUUAAUUCUCUAUGGAUUAUUAUUAAUUUUUUUUAAGAUGACAAGAUCUGUAUUCUUUGCUGCAGCAUGCUCUAUUGGAUAUGGAUGUCCCUUGGUCAUAUCUGUCCUCACUGUUGCUAUUACUGAACCAAAAAAUGGGUAUUUAAGGAGUGGAGCUUGCUGGCUCAAUUGGUAUGAGACAAAAGCCCUUUUGGCUUUUGUUGUACCUGCCCUGAGCAUCAUAGUGAUGAAUCUCAUUGUGGUGGCCGUGGUUGUGGUGAAAACUGGGAGAUCCUCCCUUGGAGAGGGCUGCAAGUCACAAGAUUUGAGCAGCAUGAUCCGAGUCAGCAAAAACGUUGCCCUUCUGACACCUCUGCUGGGCCUCACCUGGGGCUUUGGGUUAGCCACAGUCAUUGACAGCCGCUCUCUGGCCUUCCACAUCGUGUUUGCGCUGCUGAACGCCUUCCAGGGAUUCUUCAUCCUGUUGUUUGGGACACUUCUGGACAGAAAGACAAGAGAAGCCUUAAGGAUCAACUGCUUUUCAUCAAGGCGGAAGUGGGGUCUAGAAAAGGUAAAGGUUAUUUGUUUUCCUGUUAAUGGCUAA